UAUUUGGCUAUUUCACCCCCGCCCCUCUUCCUAAUUUUUUCAUCAACUUGUUCGCGAAGCCAUCGAAGGAUUUUAGGGGAUCGACCAAUCUCAACCUCGGUCGUAAUCCCCUUCGAUUUCGUCCCUGCAUAUCUAAGUUUUUUCUGUGUUUCCAUCCCGAGUCUUUUCUCGUCGUUUUCGAUUGCCGGAAUUGAUCGAGAUCUGCUGUCCAAUUCUAGGGUUAUUUGGAUUCCUCUUCCUCCUCAGUUUUUGAUUGGGGUUUCGACUGCGAUGUAUAGCAAUUUCAAGGAGCAGGCGAUCGAGUACGUGAAGCAGGCAGUUCAGGAGGAUAAUGCCGGGAACUACGUGAAGGCCUUCCCCCUCUACAUGAACGCCCUUGAGUACUUCCGCACCCACCUCAAGUACGAAAAGAACCCCAAGAUCAAGGAGGCCAUUACCCAGAAGUUCACGGAGUACCUGCGCCGCGCGGAGGAGAUCCGCGCCGUGCUUGAUGAUGGUGGUGGCUCAGGUCCCGCCGCCAACGGGGACGCUGCCGUGGCCACGAGGCCCAAGGCCAAGCCCAAGGAUGGCGAAGGUGGUGGCGAGGAUCCUGAUCAGGCGAAGCUCAGGGCGGGGCUCACCUCUGCAAUCAUAACGGAGAAGCCCAAUGUGAAGUGGAACGAUGUGGCGGGGCUCGAGAGUGCCAAACAGGCCUUGCAGGAAGCCGUGAUCCUACCUGUCAAAUUCCCUCAAUUCUUCACUGGUAAGCGAAGGCCAUGGAGGGCAUUUCUUUUAUAUGGUCCACCUGGAACUGGAAAGUCAUAUUUGGCUAAGGCUGUUGCUACAGAGGCUGAAUCAACCUUCUUCAGUAUAUCUUCAUCUGACCUAGUAUCGAAGUGGAUGGGUGAAAGUGAAAAGCUGGUUUCCAACCUUUUCCAAAUGGCUCGUGAAAAUGCACCUUCCAUAAUCUUUAUUGAUGAAAUUGAUUCUUUGUGUGGCCAACGUGGAGAGGGCAAUGAAAGUGAAGCUUCUAGGAGGAUCAAGACAGAACUUCUUGUGCAAAUGCAGGGUGUGGGAAACAAUGACCAGAAAGUUCUUGUUCUUGCUGCCACUAAUACUCCUUACGCUUUGGAUCAGGCAAUCCGUCGACGUUUUGAUAAGAGAAUUUAUAUUCCUCUUCCUGAUCUUAAAGCCAGACAACACAUGUUUAAGGUACACCUGGGAGACACCCCUCAUAACUUGAGCGAAAGUGAUUUUGACAUUUUAGCUCGUCGCACAGAAGGCUUUUCUGGUUCAGACAUUGCUGUUUGUGUUAAGGAUGUCCUGUUUGAACCAGUUCGAAAAGCUCAAGAUGCUAUGCAUUUCUACAAGAGCAGGGAGGGUAUGUGGUUGCCAUGUGGACCAAGACAUCCAGGUGCUGUUCAGACCACAUUGCAAGAUCUUGCUGCACAAGGUCUCGCUGAUAAGAUCCUUCCACCACCGAUCACAAGGACAGACUUUGAUAAAGUACUGGCAAGACAAAGACCAACCGUCAGCAAAGCAGACCUAGAAGUCCACGAGAGGUUCACAAAGGAGUUUGGAGAAGAGGGUUGAUUGGUUUUGAUGCAUGUGUUUGGCUAUGCGAUUGCAUAUUGUAAUUUGUUAUUCCUCCAAUCAGAACACACAUAAUUUGCGUGCAAUAGCGUUCUUGAAAAUUGAAAUGGAGCACGCCUCAAGUCACAUUCGUCUCAAGCAGGUCUAAUUAUCAUUUAUGUUUUAGUUCGAACUAUUUUUUUUCUCUUCUAAUAUUUGCACUCUGUACUAUAAAUGUUUCUGUACAGUGGGAUAACAGCUUUCUAUAUAACUCUUGACUGUA